GUAGAUGCUCUAACAAAAAGAAAAAGAAAAUCGGAUCGAAGUGCGUACAUAUUCAAAACCCUUUCCCCCAAGUCUCUUCCAUAAAAAAAAAUUCAAAUUCACAAUCAUCUGCGCCUCCCUCUCCAUUCUUCUUUCGCAUAUGCGAUACAGAUACAUUUAUAUCGGCCAUACAUACCUAUAAGGGAUUUUUGUCAGGUCCGGAGUUGCGGCGAAGAUGAGCAGCGGCGGCGGCAGCAGCAGCACCACCAGCAAGAACAGUAGCCAGGCCGUAGGUGGAGCAGCGGCUAGGGUUUCAAUCCCCAGCGGCGUGUCGAGGACGAUCCAGCAGAUAAAGGAGAUCACAGGAAAUCACAGCGAGGAAGAGAUAUAUGCGAUGCUCAAGGAAUGCUCCAUGGAUCCCAAUGACACUAUCGCUAGGCUUAUCUUUCAGGAUACCUUCCACGAAGUGAAAAGGAAACGGGAGCGUAAAAGAGAGAAUACUAACAAGGAUUCCGUGGAGCCUAAGGGGAAACCAGGCUUGAUGGGGAGGGGGAAUAAGGCCGAGAGGGGGAAUUUUUCAUCUCGUUAUGCUUCUCAAGAUGGUAUUGGUGGAAGGAACUCUGCUUCUGGAAAGGAAAACGGAAAUGUCCAUAACUUAGAGAAGAGCCUUAGCCCAACGUAUGUUCCUCACCUCAAGGAGGAGAAGAGCGCUACAAGGGGCUCAUCUGCAUCCUCACCUAAUGAACUCAGUGUUGGAGCUUCUGCACCAGCCACCUCUACUGUCUUUGGCAAGUUGGCAGGUUUGCCACAACAGAGAGCUCCAACUGAUGCAAUCAAACGGCCUAACGUUGAAGAAAGAACCAGGAGUAAUCAUGGGCUGGCUGUUCAUACAAGUGAUUCCUCUACAUCUUUUGCUUCAGUAGCAUCAUCAGACACUCAGUUGCCAGCUUCAGAUCCAGUGCCGUUAGCUUCACAGGAUUCAAAAACUGUUGAUGCAUUAGGUGGAAAUAAAUCUGAAAGGCAAAGCCAAUGUGCCGCCGCCGCUGCAAUCUACAAUGAAAACAAAACUACUGGUCAAAUAGAGAUUUCCGAGGUUUGCUCAAAUGUGCAAGGAAAGAAACCGGCCACAUUCCAGGGGUCUGGGAAGAAUCAACCUGUAAUAUCUUCACAGAUGGAUUCUAGUCAGGGUGGUUCUUUUAGUAGGCCUUCGUCCAAUUACAACAACCGAUCACAAGCAAUUGGACCACAGAAAGCUGGUCAUACGAAAGAGUGGAAACCAAAGGCUACGAAUUCAACUCUCUUGCCAGGAUCUAUUACAGAUUCUUCGUCUGAAGCUCCAACAGUUUCUGUUGGACCUGAUAUCAUGUUGGAAUCUAGACAAGAUGCCCUUGAAACAAGUGAAGUAACAUUGGAGGUUCAAAAGAAGUUGGAUAAGGUGCAAAUUUCAGAAGUUCAGCAUGUUAUAAUUCCAGAUCACCUUCAUGUCCCUGAUGCUGAAAAGCUCGGGUUUUGUUUUGGAAGUUUUGAUGCAAUUUAUGAGUUAAGCACAAGCGUUAACACAACAGCUGAGAAUGACCAAAGUCCAUCCCAUUCCGAAUCUUCUGCGGUCAGUGAAGAAACUGCAAGAGAACAAUUUCCAAGCAAUGAAGGUGCAUUAUCAUCAGUAGACGAGGCAGAUAAUUCUGAUAAUAAUCCAUUGUCAUCUUCACCUGAGGAAGCGAUUGCGUCAUCUAAGGUGGGUGAAAUAUCACCCUCUGUUCCAGAAUACAAUGAAGUGAAACCAGAGAACCUGCAAGGAGAUCAUCAAUACUCUGUUGUUCAGACACCACCUAGUUAUGGUUUCAUACCACCAAUCUUAGGCAGCCAGACUGGACCUUUUGAAAGCUCCGAAUCUCAGGCUCGGGUUUCAAACUUUGUUAUUCAGCAACCAUUUGACCCAACUAGCUACUAUACUCAAUUGUAUCGUUCUGGUGUGGAUUGUGAUGGCCGUAUAUCACCUUUUCAUCCAAUCGGUGUUCAGGCCAAGUUAAAUGGAAAUGUUGCGGUAAUGUCCCCUCCAACUCAACAGUCCAUUCAAGAGGGUGGCAGCACACUUGUUUUGUCUACAGCAGCAGCAACCCCACUAGUGACUCAAGCAGCUGCGGGGCUUAUCCAGACUUCAAUAGCGGUACCCCAGCCACCGCUCCCAGCUCUGUUUAGACAACCAACGGGAAUGCACCUUCCUCAUUUUCCGGCCAACUAUAUUCCUUAUGGCCACUAUUUUCAUCCGUUUUAUCCUCCUCCAGCGAUCCAUCAAUUCUUUAGUACUGGUGCAUUUCCUCAGCAACCUCAGGCUGGCAGUGUGUAUCAACAACAACCUUCUCCAGCACCAACUCCUAAAUAUUCUCUCUCUCAAUAUAAUAAUAAUAAGCAGCAGCAGCAGCAGGGUGGAGCUAAUGCUCCAAACCCAACUUAUAUUGGACUUCCCGGUAGCUAUGGACCCUAUGGCUCUGCAACUGCCAAUUUCAAUCCCACAUUAACCACAGCUGGUAACCCAACAUCAAAUGAAGACCGUCCUGCUUCACAGUUCAAAGAGAAUAAUAACGUUUAUGGCGGCGGUCAACAGAGUGAAGGAUUGGGUGUUUGGAUAAGUGCAGCGGGUCGGGAUAUCUCCAGCUUGCAUGCUGGUUCAUUCUACAAUCUUCCACCUCAUGGUCAAGUGACAUUUUCGCCGACGCAGCCCGGGCAUGGAACCUUUGCCGCUGGCAUUUAUCAUCCGACUCCGCCGAUAACACCCCCAACCGGUCACCCACUUCUGCAGCAGUCACAGAACAUCUCCGUUCCCAAUGAAAUGGCGGGGCCCACAUCCAACAUCUACCAGCAGCAGCAGCAACCGCAGCAGCAUUCGCAGAUUAACUGGCCAGGCAGCUAUUAAACAAGAAAUAGGUUACCUUUUUAUAAUUCUUUCGUAAUGCAAUUGGCAGUGACUUUGGACAGAGGAGGAAACCGGCCACGACGUACUUUAAUUCGCAGAUAAAAAAAAAGACGAAAAGGUGGCAAGAAAAAAAAAACUUUCAAAACUUAAAAAAAAAAUAUUUUUUUCUUAAAAAAAGAUCUAUUUUUUUUGGAUUGGCUGGUGGGUGGGGUGGGUAGUAGGUUGGGAAAGGUUCAAAUCCUCCUCCAAGUCUCCAACAGAUAUGGUGCCAAUUGUAAAUUACUAGUUGAGCUCUCCUGUUAUAUUGUCUGGGUUUGCCUUUCCCCGUAGUUAGUCCCUCUAAGUAUCCAAGCUAGGAAAGUUGCGACGUUCGUUUUGCUUUUCCGACAGUUUUUUUUGGAAGGUUAAGAAAGAGAACUCUGGAAAGAAGCGAGGUUUUGGGGGUGCUUUCUUUGUUUUGUCUAGGAGGUUUCUUUGGUUUUGGUUUUGUUAUGCUUCCCAGAGUUUUUACCUGUAAAGUUGAUUUUUGGUGAGAAGAAAGGGGUGUGCACUCUAAUUUGUUGUACUUGGUGAUGGGUAUAAGCACCAACAAAAAAAAAAAGAGAAGUGGCAUUAAUUAUUUCACUCUUUAUUUUAUACGGAGUAUAUUAAAAAGAUUAGUCCAAU